GUGAUGAUGGGAGAAUUUGGGACACGGGCGGCCAGACCCCCGGCCUCGGAGCUGGACAGCUUGGUCGACGGCAGGCGGUGCGCGCUGCGGAGCGCAGGAGCCCACGGGAGGGGCAGUGUCCCACGCUCCCCCGUUGUCAUCGUUCCUUCCCCCAGGAGCUUUUGGUUGCCUCUCCCUUUCCGCUUCUUUCAGAGAAUGGUGGCGGGGGGGAGGGGUAUGGAGGAUGAAAGCCCUGCUGGGGCUGAAGAAGCCAACUCAACUGGGCAAGGAAGGGCCGGUCGCUGGGAGUAAUCGGCUACUCGGAUAGAUGAUGGGAGUCGAGAGCCCUCUGUUUAGAGCUAGAAGGUACCUAGGGAAAAGAGCUGCGGACUUCAGAGUCAGACAGGUUCGAACUCAAGUUCACCCCUGGCAAGCCGAUAGAUAACCUUGGGCAAGUCCCACUUAACCUUUCUGAGCCUCUGGAAGAUGUACUUCAUUGGGUUAUUGGAUGCAUCAUUAUAUGAUUGAACUUGUUUAUGAAGACUGUAAAUUGUAAGUACUUUGUCGAUGUGAAUACAUCACCGACAAUAUUACUGGCUUUAGAUCUUUCGUUUAUUAAUAGAUUUCUUUGUCAAGGCAGAGCAUAUUGUUUGUAAAACUACAAUAGGCACAUAGGUUUUUUUUUUUUUUUAACAUACAUAGGCACAGCAGCUCAUGUGCAGAAAUACCAGUUUAUUCUGUGAUGUGAUAAAUUAAUGAUCAGACUUGUGUAGGAAGAAUACCAUACUCUGGCAUUUUUACAAGUGGUGUGUAGCUCCUCACCCAAGUGGGAGGAAAUAGAGGACGGAGGGCCUAAUAUGUUAAAUGCUUUCUGAACAUAGCUCACUCGGGUUUCGCUGUGAUACAGUUGGCACUAACGUGCUUUAUUAUGAGUCGAGAGAACAAAUUUGAGACAAGCUGGGAGGGCUGCUCAUUGAGGGGUGUGCAAAUGUAAUUUGUUAUUUUUAAAUUGGAAAAAGUUUUCCUCUGCAAAGGAGCCUCUGAUUGCAUCAGGGCUAGGUCUUUAUUUUGGAGGUUAGAGAAGCAUACAGCAGCUUUUUAGCCCCACUUUUUGUUACCCUGCUGGUGGAACCUCCAGGCUGGACUGUCUCAGAGACAGUUAGAAGCAGCUGCACAGGAGCCCAAGGGUGGCAGGUUCUUCCAUGAGACAGUGGAGGAGCACUGCUGGGGCUUUUUUGUUGUUGUUUAGGAUAGAAAAAAGGUGACAGAGUUAAACCAUGUGCUUUCAGAGAGAGAGUGGCUUUCUAGCCACAGCUUUUGAAAGAGGUACAAACACCUUUCAAAAGGAUGGAAAGAGACAGAUGCUUCAGAUUUUACUGGCUCUGAGAAUUGAGAACUCGAAAUGGAGAGGCCUUUUGGAUUUUCUGGGAAAUUGUUGAGUGAUUUGUCUUUCAGCUGAGCAAAGGUAGAGAGUGGCUGUACUAGAUCCUUGAAGAUUCCCAGAUAAGAAUGAUUUAUUUUCUAGGAAUGGGGGAAACGAACCUUAGUUGUCUUUAGCUUCUGUAUCUGGUAAAACAUGUUUUACCUCUCUUUCCUGGAAAUGCAGGGUGAUUUAUCAUUUUUAACUUUACGCUGUUUUCCCUUGGCUCUCCUAGUAAAUCCUCUGCCCAUAAAAUUGAUUGUUCUUUUUUAAAGGUUAGCUAAAAAAGAGAAAGCAUUUGCCACUAUUGUCAUAGAUAAUACCAGAAUACAAAUUAAUUGUUUUUGACUACCACAUGAAAAUGAAGUAGAGGUAUAAGAUGUUGGACUGAGCCUAGCAUCUUAUUUUAUUUUUAACAAUUGGACCUUUAUUUUUAAUUUUGGUAAUGCAUUUCCUCCUUUAUUGAAAAUUUUCAUCAGUUCAAACAAGUCCAUAAAUGCCAUCUAUGUUAUGUUAAAAUGAUAGAGGUUUGUUCAGCCAUGAUGAGAAUGUCCUGCCCUUCCCUUCUCUAUUCUUUUUCCUAUUUGGGGUUACUUUUAUGAUAGUUACCAGAUAAGGAGCUCUUCCCCUGGGGAAGGGGAAAGAGGUGGCCAGUGCCUUGAUUCCCUUUUGUGUGAGCAAUUUGCCCAAAGUGAAGAGAUGAGCUAUGGGGAUGUAAGGACUUCCCUGAAAUCCCUGACACAGCAAAGGCUAAAACAAAAGGAAUAAAAUUUAUUAGCUCAUUUUUAUUCUGAUAAAAUGAAUCCUUUUCCUUAAAACACGUCUCAUGACUCAGGGAAAACUUUUUAAAACAUUCUGUUUAAAAACAAAAUUAUGGUGUUUUACCCCAUCUAUUUUUUACUGGGAAUAUGUGCUCGAAACAGAAUCUUUGUUUCUUAAGGACCUUAUGAUCUUGUAGCCCAUUCCUUUGUGAUAUUUUCACAGCACUCAAUUAAUAAUAGAGCACACUUUUUUUGGAGGAGGGAGUGUGGUUCCUGACAGGGUGCUAACAACUUUAAAGGAGGGCUGUCUGGGAAAAUAUUAAAAAGGAAAAUUAAAGAGUAGCAAGUGAAUUUGUAGGUUGGUUCAGGCCUUUGGAGGGAAAAGGAUUCAAGAACGGACCUAUUGUUCAGAGUAGCCUCUGGAGGACCACGAUUUGUUUACCAGUGUUCAGCACAGUAGUCAUUAAAUAUUUGUUGAAUGGAAAAAUGAUAAUCAUGAAUCAUAAUCGACAAACAUGGCUUUGAAUCUUCUGAAACUUUACUGUAUACCCUUGAACUGAGCUUACUUAACAUCCCUGUAGCUCAGUUUUCUCGUCUAUGAAAUGAAGUACUUCAUGGGGUUGUUGUGAGAGUUAAAUGUGUUAACACAUACGAAGUGCUAAGACCAGUAUCAGAUACUUUAAAUGCUAAAUGUUAGUUGUUACUAUUGUCGAAUACACUCUUUGUUCUCAAAUUUUUGCUGGUCAGAGAUGAUUAUGACAUGGCCCCUGCCCUCUGGGAGUUCACUGUCUAGUGGAGGAGACAGAAAUAUGCAAUUAUAAUAGAACGUAAUACGUUUUUUCAGCACAUCUGUGGUACCAGUGUUUGUAAGGCUCACGAUUAUUUUACGUAAUAAAGAACUGCUCCUAUAAGUGCCAUGCCAUUGAUUUUAAGAUGUAGUCUGUUUUCAAAGGUGUUAAAAUGUGUGUUUUAGAAUUGGUGAAGUGCAGUAAGUGCUCUGCUGGCGGGAGGUACAACUUGUUAUGAGAGUUGAAUGGAAGUGCAGAUGUUGUCCAAAAAGGCAUCCUAUGUUGAACCUGCAUUAAAGGCCCUGGAGGCAUAGUGGUUAAGAAUUGGACUGCUAAUCAGAAAGGUCAGCAGUUUGAAUCCACCAGCCACUUCUUGGAAAACCCUGUGGGGCAGUUCUACUCUGUCCUUUAGGGUCUCUGUGAGUUGGAAUUGACUCCACGGGACCUAACAACAACAACAAAUGUUGAACCUGCAUUAAAGGCCUUCACCAGAUAGACAAGGAAGAUAGGGCAUUCCAAGCAGACUGUAAAGCCUGAAAAUGGAGAGGGCUUUACUGAUGUGUACCACCAUAUCGGGAUAAGCAGGGGAGGAAAUGAGCUAACACUUUGGCAGAGUAACAUUGUAUAACGCAGCAAAGCAGAACAGGAAGCUUGGAACAUUUUCAGAAGAGAUAUGAGCCUAACGCUUGGGUUUGAACUCCUAAAAUAUAGCAGCUUUAAAAAGAUGGUUCUAACCUAAUAAACUUGUGAAGUGAGAGUGGGUGUGAGAAGCAAAGUGGCCAGGGGAAGGGGUGAAGCUUUACAGUUGACCAGAUGGGAGACAAGUGUGAAGUCACUGUACUCUUGGUGAGAGGUGAAUGCUUCAUGAGCCAGAGAAGUGUUUAAUGUCUAUUUCUGUCUUUUCACUGCCUCUCAUGGUCUUGUUUAUGUCCCUGUCAGAGCUCUGUGGCUUAGAGUGAAAAGGAAUACAACUAACCAGGAAAAAUGCUAAGUUUUCUUUAUUAAACGUGCAUUUAAAUAAAUAAUAAUCAGAUUCAAUUAGCUCAGUUAUAAAAUGGUGGUUUGUUUACGGCGCUAAGUCAUACUAUUUCAUGGGCGAAUAUAGGUCAUUUAAAGAGUGAUUCAGAAGACUUAGUUACUGAUUUUCUGGGAACUAACCCUGAAGCCAGUGGGGGAAAAAUAAGAAAAAACUGGAAAUAAUGUAAGCAUGAAUUUCUAUAGUGUCUUUUCUUUUCACCAGUAAGCCGUAACUAGGCUUGAAUCUUCUAAGUGUUCUGGACUUUGUGGCCUCAUUGGAAAAUGUCGAGGUUGAUCCCUUUGACAAUUAAAUUCAGCAAACAUUUAAGCUGUAUGUCAGGCAGGAGCCUUGGUGGCGCAGUAGUUAAGCACUUGGCUGCUAAUUGAAAGUUUGGGGGUUCGAGCCACUCUUCGGGAGAAGGAUGUGGCAAUACGCUUCCUUAAAGAUUUAAAAGCCUUGGAAACUUUAUGGGGCAGAUCUACUCUGUACUGCAGCAUCACCGUGAGUUGGAAUUGACUCAGUGGCAGUGGGUUUAGGUAUGUCAAGUUUUGUACUAGGCACUAGGAAUUAAAAUAUGAACGACGUAAUCCUUGUUUUUUUAAUUGAUUGUACUUCAGAUGAAGUUUUACGAACAAACUGUCUUCUCGAUAAACAAUUAGUACACAUAUUGUUUUGUGACAUUAGUUACCAAUCCUACAUGUCAACCUUGGGUUCCUUCUCAACCUUGGGUUCCCUGUUACCAGCUUUCCUGUUCCCUUCUGCCUUCUAGUUCUUGUCCCUGGGUUGGUAUGCCCCUUUAGUCUCAUUUUGUUUAUGGGUCUGUCUAAUCUUUGGCUGAAGGGUGAACCUCAGGAGUGACUUCAUUACUGAGGUAAUAGGGUGUCCAGGGGCCACACUCUCAGGGUUUCUCCAGUCUCUGUCAGGCCAGCAAGUCUGGUCUUUUUUUGUGAGUUAGAAUUUUGUCCUACAUUUUUCUCCAGCUCUUUCUGGGGCCCUAUAUUGUGAUCUUGUCAGAGCAGUUGGUGGUAUCCGAAAGCACCAUCUAGUUGUGCUGGACCCAGUCUGGUGGAGGCUGUGGUAAUUGUAGUCCAUUAGUCCUUUGGACUAAUCUCUCCCUUGUGUCUUUAGUUUUCUUCAUUCUUCCUUGCUCCAGAUGGGAUGAGACCAGUGGGAGCUUUUGACUCCAGACACUACUUAACCAAAGUAGAAUGCAGAACAUUUUCUUUAUAAACUAUGUUAUGCCAGUUGAGCUAGAUGUUCCUUGAGACCAUCGUCUCCACAGCCCUCAUCCUAGCAAUUCGGUCCCUCAGGGAGUUUGGAUGCUUCCAUGGCUUCCCCACUAUAGUAUACUAUCUUACCCUCAUGAAAGUUACCACCUAUCUAUUGUCUACUUAGUGUUUUUCCAUCCCCACCCCGCCCUUCACUCAUAACCAUCCGUCUGUAAUCCUUAUUUUUAAAGAGCUCACAUUUUAACUGGAGACCACUACAUAAAUAAUUAUGAAUCAGUAUGAUAAGUGCUAUUGUAGAGAUCUGCGCUAAGUCCUAUGGGAGCAUUAGUUCUGCUUGGUUUGGGGUGGGGUGGGAUGGAGAAGGUUUUCUAGAGGAAAAGUCUGAUGAACCUUGAAAGAAGAAUACACUUUGGCUGCCUGAGCAAAAAAGGAGGGUUACAGAGAGCGGUGGUCCAAGCACAAGGGUACAAAGGUAUAAAAGAUUAUGACCUGUGGGCCAGUGGUUUAAUGUGGCUGUAUCACGGAGUAUGAGGACAUAGUGGCAGUAAGUGAGGUGAAAGAUGGGUUGGAGCCAGUUGUUUUUGUAGAUGCUGGGGAGCUAUGGAGGAGAUUUAAGCUAGGUUAAGAAACGUGUUCAGAAUACUGUUUAAGAAUUCUAUUGACGGUGUGGAAGUUAGAUUUAAAAGGUGAAAUUGGCGACAGGAGACUAGUUGAUUAUGAGAGUGGUGUGAUAAUCAUUUGAGAGAUAUUGAAGACCUCAGUUAUAGUGGUGAUGGUGGAAUUGUAUACAGGCUAAAGAUCUUUUUAGAAGACAGACUCAGAAGGAUCUCUUCAUUGAUUUUAUGUUAUAAUCGACGGGAGGUGGGGGGGCGGGAGUGGGAUAUGGGAGAAGGAGAUGUCAAAGAUGAAUUUGAAAUUGCUGGCUUGAGCAGCUAAGUAGAUGGUGAUGUCAUUAACCAAGGAAGGGAAUACAGGAGUAGGAGGAUGUUACAUUUGAGGAAAAAUGAGUUAGGUUUGAGGAGUUCCUGCGUGGUGCAAACCAUUAAGUGCUUGACUACUAGCCAAAAGGUUGGUAAUUGCAACCUACCCAGAAGCACCUCGGACCACUGGCCUGGUGGCCUGCUUCCAAGAGGUCACAGCUUUGAAAACCCGGUGGAGCAGAUCUACUCUGCACACAUGGGGUCAUCUUGAGUUGGAAUUGACUUGACAGCAACCAGCAACAACAACAACAUACUGGAUUGGAGGUUUGGGCCUUGAAUUCAGAAGAAAGGUUUAGAGUGGAGAUAUAGAUUUAGAAGUCCUUAGUAUAUGAGUAGUAGUUAAACCGGGCUUGAUGAUCCUGUGAUUCUAAGCUCAAGUGGCUUUAUAUGUUAUUCAUUCACGUCAUCUGGAGGGAUUGGCAGUAUGGGAACAUGGUACUAAGUGCCUUCUCCAUAGUAAGAAGUUCAACAGUGAUAGUACUUUUCCUUAUUUUUCCAUUUUUUAAUGUGCUGCAUACUUGCCUUAAAUUAGCAGUUUUUAGAGUGUAAACAAGAAUAAAACACAAAACCUCUCAUCUUAAUGGAAAAAAUGGUAUUAAUUAAAUGGAAAUAAAGAUAUCUUUCAUGCUUAAAAUAAAAGCAUAUGUAGUUGUGUAAAAUUUUUGGUAAGAGGAAAUUAGUGUACAUAUCAUAUGUAACCUUUUUUUCCUAUUCUCAGUGGGUUUACCAGAUUUAGAAAAACUGCAUUUCUAAUAUCAGUUCUAUUAUAAAUAUUGAAAAAGAAGGAAUCUGUUCCAUUGAAUGAGAGACUGGGUGGUUUUUCUGAACCAGAGCCCCAGAAGGUUAGGUUUGAAGAACACAGGACAGUUUUGAACCAGUGGUGCCGGGUUAGUUCAGAGUUGGGAUCCAAGCUUCCUAACUCUGUCCAGUCUUCUGCUGUCUGCAGUUUUAUAAGAACUGAAUACACUGCAAUAAAUAUACCUGAUGGUGAGCAAAAGCUAUGCAUGUUCUUAUUGCUAUUUUGAAGGACAGUUUGGUAUAAAUUAGGUGCUUUUUAUAGUUCAUGAUUUUGAAAUAUAAGCAGAGUCAUGUUGUCUUUUAUGAGAGAAAGAAAUAUGUAAAGAGUAUCUGAAGUUGGUAGAUUUCAGUUAAGUAUUUUUAAUAUUAACAUUAAACAGGAUGACUGGCUUUGAUUGGAUGGUCAAAUGCUAGGAGUCAUAGUCAUCACUAGGGUCUUAACUUGGUUCAAGGCUUAACUCUCCAUAAUUCCCUUUUUCUCCCAUUCCUUAGGAAUUUAACGCUUCAUUAUGGAAGGUUUCAAAAAUAUGUAGAAUAGCUUAACGAACCUCUGUCGCUCUGCUACAGUAAUUGUCAACUAUAACCAGCCUCCAGUGUACUGAACCUGUAUCACUUUGCUACAAUAAUUAUUAACUCAUGACCAGUCUUGUUUCAUCUGUGUACCCCCUGCCUACUACCCCACCCCAGAUUAUUUUGAAGCAAAUUCCAGACAUAAUAUAAUUUCACGAAUAAACAUUUCAGUAUACUCUAUAUCUCCAAAAGAUGAGGACUUAAACACACACAAACAUUUAAUAUCGUUAGAUGUCUAGUCAGUUUUUACAUUUCCCGAAUUAUCUCAUGUUUUUUUGACUGUUUGAUACCGGAUUGUGAUUUUGAUAUAUAUCCUAUUUAUCUUUUAAUCUAUAGGUUCGCCCUCCAUCUCUUCAUGUAUUUAUUGAAGAUCUCUCCUUUUUAAAAGCUGCUAUCACCUUCUACCCUUUUGGAGGAUUCCUCUUACAGCAUGUCUGCAAAUGUGAGUGACUGCCCCAUGUGGUGUUGAUGCCAGUCUGCCAUGCUAGCCUGUCUACCAGGGCCAGGUGACCUGUCCUUUCAGCUUCUUUCUCACACGCAGAUGAACACUGGACUUCAGAAAUCCUCCAGGGAGCCAGAAGAGGACGGGGACUGUCUGAGGGAGGAUUGUGACAGCCGCCUGGCCCCAGGAGCCCAGGAGCAGCUGGGAGAAGAGGUGGAGUGGAAGCGGCCCCAGGGGAGGGGGAGUCUCACCUGGGAAACCGGAGGCACAGGGUUUCGGCCAAUCCCCUCCUUGCUCCCUAGUCAGCCAAUAGCGCGAGCGGCUGGCCCAGACUCCCCCAGGACUGCCAACAGUAAUUGGGGAUUUGAGGGCCAGGGCCCUUUGGAGUGCCGAAACGGUGGAAGCCUCGCUUCUUUCCUCCCUUCCAGUGUAUGGCAGACCCCUGAAAUGCUGGUGGAGAUUGAGACGGCAUGGUCACUUUCUGGCUAUCUACUUGUCUGCUUCUCUGCAGGUUAUUUCAUCCACGACACGGUGGACAUCGUGGUGAGCCGCCAGGCUCGAGCUUCUUGGGAAUAUCUUGUCCACCACGUCAUGGCCAUGGGUGCCUUCUUCUCAGGCAUAUUUUGGAGCAGCUUUGUUGGUGGGGGCGUCCUAACACUACUAGUGGAGGUCAGCAACAUCUUCCUUACCAUCCGCAUGAUGAUGAAGAUUAACAAUGCCCAGGAUCUCCUUCUCUACCGGGUCAACAAGUAUGUCAACCUGGUCAUGUACUUUCUCUUCCGCCUAGCUCCUCAGGCCUACCUCACCCAUUUCUUCCUGCGUUACACCGGCCAGAGGAACCUGGGUACCUUUCUACUGGGCAUCCUGCUCAUGCUGGACGUGAUGAUCCUCAUCUACUUUUCCCGCCUCCUUCGCUCUGACUUCUGCCCUGAACGUGUCCCCAGCCAGAAACACAAAGACAAAUUCUUGACUGAGUGA